AUGAGAAAGAGUCUUGAGUUCAUUAGUAUUAUAGAGGCUAGUGCCCUGCAAGAUCUUGGCUUUACAGGACAGAAAUACACCUGGUGCAAUCAAAGAGGCAUCAUGUCCAGAGUAUGGAAGAGACUUGAUAGGGGAAUGGUUAAUGAUAAAUGGCUGGAAACCAUGCCUCUUACUUCCAUAACUCAUCUUCCCUCAGUUGGUUAUGAUCAUUGCCCUCUUCUUAUGGAAAUGAUAGAUCAACAUCAUAAUCCCAUCAAAUACUUCAAGUUCCUUAACUGUUGGCCCGAACAACCUUCCUUUAUGGAUCUUGUUGAGAACUGCUGGAGCAGGUCCAUUGAGGGUAAUCCUAUGUGGAUCUUUCAUAUGAAGAUGAAGAGGCUUGCUAAUACCCUUAGUAACUGGUCUAGGAACCAAUUUGGUGAUAUCUAUGCUAAAGUUAAAGAGUAUGAGGAAGCUGUUAGACAAGCUGAAGAGGACCUGAUUAACAUACAAUCCAAUGAAAACAGAUCCAAGCUUCAUGCCAUCAAUGCUGAAUACAUCAGGUAUAUGAAAAUGGAGGAUACUAUCCUUAGGCAAAAUACUCAGGUGCAGUGGUUUAAAGAAGGUGAUAUGAAUUUUAGUUACUUCCAUGCUCUGAUUAGAGGCAGAAGAAGGAAGCUGUACAUUCACAGGAUUCAGACUGAGGAAGGCUCAUGGGUGCAAGGUGAUGCUGAAAUAGCUGAGGCAGCCUGUGAGCAUUUCCAGCAAAUCUUAACUGGGGAAGAGAAUUACAUCUAG